UUCGCUGUGAAUAUGCAAAGCCACCAGCCGUCCGUGACGCUCUUCAUGUGCUCGUUUCUGGUAGUUUACGAUUUUUGUAUUCAUCAGUCUCAAUGCAAAUAAGCAGCCGGAGCGAGUGUGUUGAUGUGUGACUGUCUGAGCGAAACUGCAGCGCGCACUUCAGUGUGUUACAUUAUUGUAGAUGCAGAAAUCAAACCUGCUGCGUAAAUCUACACCGAGACACGCUGUAUUGUGUCAUAUGGAGAAAACCAGAGGAGCUCUGCCACGGAAAGGUAUCCAGUAUCAGUCGUAGCCACAUCCUAAAGCCGAUGCAUUGAAGACCACCCUGAUCAAAGGCAGAUUCUGUAGUCUUGUAUGAAUGUGAGAGGAUGCAUAAGACUGUCGAAGGGUCUGAUCAAAGCGUGCACUGACCCGAGACGCCGGUCAACAUCAGGUAUCCAUGAGGACCGAACAGGAAGGAGAUGGAAGCGGUCGCUCGUAGCGGUAUACCUUACACACUAUGGGUGUGGUGGGUUUCUGCGUAGAGAAUAAACCCUUGUGCUCGCAUUCGGCCUCUCAGUCCUGUCCCGCUGUGUUCUUCCGUUCAAGCAUGGGGCACAUUGUGGAUUUAGCUUUGCGAAGGAUGUGGCUCUUCGGGGCUCUGCUGGUUCUGUCCCUGUUCACGGGCAGCCUGGGCAUCCACAUGGACUCGGUGGGCAGUCACAGCAUGUUCACCUGCGAGUCGAUCGGCCUCCGAAUGUGCCAGGAUCUUCCCUACAACACCACCUUCAUGCCCAACCUCCUCAACCACUAUGACCAGCAGACCGCCGCUCUGGCGAUGGAGCCCUUCCACCCCAUGGUGAACCUGCAGUGCUCUCCAGACCUCCGGCCGUUCCUGUGUGCCCUGUAUGCCCCCGUGUGUAUGGAGUACGGACGGGUGUCUCUGCCGUGCCGGAGCCUGUGCACGCAUGCCAAGAGAGACUGCCAGAAGCUCAUGGACAUGUUCGGAGUCUCCUGGCCGGAGGAGAUGGAGUGCAGCAGGUUUCCAGACUGUGAUGAGUCUUAUCCUCGUGCUGUAGAUCUGCUGGUGAACGAGGACCCCACUGACCAGUCGUCCAUGUCCGUUCAGCGUGACUAUGGCUUCUGGUGCCCGCGUGAGCUGAAAGUGGAGCCCGAGCUCGGCUACACGUUUCUCGGUGUGCGCGACUGCUCCCCUCCCUGUCCCAACAUGUACUUCCGGCGCGAGGAGCUCACCUUCGCCCGCUACUUUAUUGGCGUCGUCUCCAUCGUCUGCCUCUCUGCCACACUCUUCACCUUCCUCACCUUCCUCAUUGACGUCACACGCUUCCGCUACCCGGAGCGGCCCAUCAUCUUCUACGCCGUCUGCUACAUGAUGGUUUCGCUGGUGUUUUUCUUGGGCUUUCUGCUGGAGGAUCGUGUGGCGUGUAACGCAGCCAAUCCCAGCCUGUACAAAACGUCCACAGUGACUCAAGGCUCGCAUAACAAGGCCUGCACGCUGCUUUUUAUGGUGCUAUACUUCUUUACCAUGGCGGGCAGUGUGUGGUGGGUCAUCCUUACCAUCACCUGGUUCUUGGCCGCUGUUCCCAAAUGGGGCAGUGAAGCCAUCGAGAAGAAGGCGUUGCUCUUCCACGCCAGCGCGUGGGGAAUACCUGGCAUGCUAACCAUAACCCUGCUGGCUCUGAAUAAAAUCGAGGGCGAUAACAUCAGCGGCGUGUGUUUCGUGGGGCUGUACGAUGUUCACACGCUCCGCUGGUUCGUGCUGGCGCCACUCUGUCUGGACGUCCUGGUGGGAGUGUCGCUGCUGCUGGCCGGGAUCGUAGCGCUCAACAGGGUCCGAAUGGAGAUUCCUCUGGAGAAGGAGAAUCAGGACAAGCUGGUGAAGUUCAUGAUCCGGAUCGGUGUGUUCUCGGUGCUGUAUCUGGUGCCGCUGCUGACCGUGGUGGGCUGUUACCUGUAUGAACAGACGUACCGCUCCAUUUGGGAGACCACAUGGGUGCAGGAGCGCUGCAGAGACUACCACAUACCCUGCCCGUUCCAGGUGGAGCAGACCAGCAGGCCUGACCUCGUCCUGUUCCUCAUGAAGUACCUGAUGGUGCUGGUGGUUGGGAUCCCGUCAGUGUUCUGGGUGGGCAGUAAGAAGACCUGCUUCGAGUGGGCCGGCUUCUUCCACGGCCGCAGGCGGAAAGACAGCGGCGCGGUGAACGAGAGCCGGCAGGUUCUGCAGGAGCCAGACUUUGCUCAGUCUCUGCUGCGAGACCCGAACACUCCCAUCAUCCGGAAGUCCCGCGGGACGUCCACUCAGGGCACGUCCACCCACGCCUCCUCCACACACCUGGCCAUGCUGGACGACGUGCGGAGCAAAGCCAGCAGCGUCCACAGCAAGAUGAGCAGCUAUCAUGGCAGCCUGCACCGCUCCAGAGACGGCAGGUUCACCCCCUCUAGCCACAGAGGCAUGGAGGAACGCCCGGCGUACGGGAGCAUGCCACGGCUCAACGAGCAGCUGUCCCAUCACAGCAGCCUUCACUGCCUCGACAGCCAAUCCAGACACGGCAGCGCUCGAGACCUGAGCAACGCACCAGCCGCCAGCAUCACGCACGGAUCCAGUGUGAACUGCUUGGCAGAGGAGGACGGGAAAAGUGCGUAACCCAGAGACUGACCUUCGCCUACUGACACGAGAGGCACGGGAGAGUACCUGUCCUGUAGCCACUAACGGACAGACAUGUGUUUUUGGCAGCAGCAGGGGAAUCAGAAACUCGAUGCAUGUGUGUUGACAGAGCCGUCCUCAGGAUUUGUCCCAUUAGCAGCGCACCUGAGUAACAAGAUAUGUUUUCUUUGAUACUGUGAAGUUCUGCCGGAAGAAGUUUACUGCAUGUGAUAAAGCAGCAUCAGGAUGGGCCGCAGCUGUCCGAUGGGAGAUUUUCCCCAUUACAUCCAUCACACAACCUGGGUUAAAGAGUCACUGACGCUUCAAGACUGAUGACUGUCCCAUUAGAGAUCAGGUUUCAAACCCUUGAAAGCCGAAGGAUGGUUUGUUCAAAGAGAGGGAGGAUCAGCAGUUUUGUGCCUCUAGCAAGCUGUAUUUAGUUUCUGGUGGUGGUUUGGUUGAGAAGGCAUGGAGGAAUGACGUACCAGAAUCCUCACCAACACCUGAUGUGCUUUUGUUCAGCCGCUUGACGGCUGCCUACCUCAUCACAUCGGCUCGCUCUGCCCUCCCCACACUCAUGUCACAUUACAGAAUUAAAAUGGGUCGCAAAUGUUGUCUUUCAGAACAUCACCUUACAUGCAGAUGCUUUUCCGCCCAUGUGUACAGGAGUCUUAAGCUUUGUAAAUGGUGCUUCUUUCUAAUGUUGCUUCAUGAAUAUUUCAGCAGGCUAUUUCUACAGGCCAGAGCUCAUGCACCAUGUUUAUGGACCAUAGAAACGUGUUGAAUUUUCAUGAAUUGUGCUGUUUUACGACGCUUUAAAAGUGAAGUCGAGUGUUUUUGUUUACGUGUUGGAUGAGAUUACAUUGGUACUCAGUGCCUAAACAUGUGACGUUGGACCUUGAGCUUUGUAAAAGCUGUUUUUCUGAUUGCUGUUACUGCUUCUGCUGUAUCUUUGCCUUCGGUUUCCCAAGUACACUUGAUUUUCAUGCUUGACUCUUCUGUCCACUUUAAUGAGGAACAAUAUAGCACUUUAACCGUGGCUAUCUGUUGAAUGUGUAGACAUUAAAUCCAGUCAUAGCGUCAUGCAAGAUUUCAAAUAAAGCUUUUGUAAAGUAAAAAAAGACACGUUCUGUAGUUCCCAAUUUUAUUGAAAUAGUCCGAUAAUGAGCUUUCCAUGUGAAAAGUGGUGUCCAAACCAAUACAAAUAACAGUAUUCCACCUUAAAUACACUUGUGCAAAAAAAAAAAAAAAAAAGAAAUAAGAAAAGGUCUACAUUGCAGUAUGGGGUAAUUCAUGUUCACGUCCCAACCAUUCACGCCACACAGGUCAAUAAAAUACAAUACAAAUAAAACAAUCCAGCCGUACAGUCCUUAAAACAAGUGAUUACACCUAUGACAUGCAAAUCUGUACAUAGUCUUACAAAAAUCAAAAUCAAGAAGAAAUUAUAUGAUAUGAAGUAGCAAUUCACUAACAAGGCAAAUGAAAUCCUCAUGUGAAAUGCAAGUGUGAAUGUGUCUUUUAACAAGUCUCCAGUCAUCUCCUCUCAUUCUAAUCCAUUCUACCUACACUGACCAGUUUACACUGAUCUAAGAAAACUAAGGCACCUCCCGCUCUAAUAUUGAUCUAUUCUUUGCUAAGUAACAGUCCUAAAGAUCAAACGACCCAAAGAUCUGGACGUUUGUCAUUCUACCAUCUUGAUUCUCCUCCAUGCAAACGUAUAAUCAUUGGUUCUGACAUACCUGAGAACAUUUCAAACAGGUUUCCUGUUCAUGUUAAUACCAUAACCCUGGCAAAUUGUUUCUAACCCGUUACAGCCUUAUUAGAAAAAAACAAAAAAUGGUAUUAUGAUUUUUUUUUUUGUUGUUUAUUUGGAAUGAACCAUGGUCAUGGAAUAGAGCAAAUGCUUAACUAAGGUCCCGAGGGAUAUCUGAGCUCGUGCCGAGUUUGCUCCACAGUGAAGGUUUCAAUAGUGCUUGCAUAUAAUGGAAAAUACAAAAUGCUGGCAAUACUAGAAUGAAUAAAACCACAGGUACAUAUGCACAAACAUUCAUUACUUCUGUACUUGGAUGUGCUUCAAUACUGAAAGGUCAUUCAUUUUUCAGCAUACUUUAAAAGAAUAGUUCACUCAAAAAUAAAAAAAAAAUUCUGUCAUUAUUCCAAACCCAUAUGACUUACUCAUCAUAUUUUUAUAUUAUAUUUUUAUGCAGCGUUUUUAAUUUCAGCAAUAUUUAAUGCUUUUAGUAAUACGUUUUUUUCCCCAAAAGGUUGGGUAGUUUACUUACAAAGUACUGAUUCCAAAUUACCUGAUGAAAAAUUUUAAUCAACAAUGUAAUCCAUUACAGCAUUACACGUUUUAGGUAAUAUAAUCUGACUACUUUUAGCCUAACUUUAUAGGACAAAGUAAGCUAUAAAGGUUUGCAACAACAUAAGGGUGAGUUAAUGUACAUGAUUUUUGAGUGAGCUAUUCCUAAAAACAAUCUGGAAUAUUUGGGAAUUCUUAACAGCAUCUAGAUAUACAAGAGACUGAAUCUGCAGAAUGUGUUUUAAAGAAAUCAAAUCUGACAUAAAUUUGCUUUGCAAAAGCAAGCAGUAAGGUAUGCGAACAAUUCAUAAAUGCCAAUGCGUGUAUGAAACCGGACAGAGGGACAGCUAAAAUUGUUGCGCAGACGAGGUUCUGUUGGAAUCAUAAUGGCUUUGCUCUCUAAUCUGAGGUAUUUUGAGGUUCAGGGAUGUUUGAUAGUCUGACCCUGCAUGUUUAAAACAUCACUACAGCAGCUUUACUGUACAUCCUUGAUGAAUUUACAUUAAUAUCAAAUGACCUAAUCUCCUGCUGGUCCUCGGGGUCCCUGUUGAGUCAUUAUGAGUGUUAGAGGAAGAGGCAACAGCUAUAUGCACCAGUGAGUUUGAAGCCCUUUAAAUGCUUCUCCUGAUGAGUUUAGUGUUUCUCCAUGUCACAAACAUUAAACGCUCUGAAUCUAGUGGUCCAGGUUGCUCUAUAUGUUAUGAUUAUAUUCACAUGUACACCUUAGGCAAAGUUUGGUUCUUGUGAGUUGGAAAACAAAACUUUAAAACACUGAAAAAAAAAAAAAAAAAAAAAAAAAAAAUACUAAAAAGAAUA